GAAGGCGGCAAAAUGGCGGACCGCUUCUCCCGCUUCAACGAGGACCGAGACUUUCAGGGUAAUCACUUUGAUCAGUAUGAAGAAGGACAUUUGGAAAUUGAACAAGCAUCACUUGACAAGCCUAUUGAAUCGCAGUUGGCCCAUAUUAGAUAAGCAGCCAUGAUCUGCCCAGUUUUUAAAGCCAGGAUAAUAUUGGACAUCGCUUACUCCAGAAACAUGGGUGGAAGCUGGGCCAGGGAUUGGGAAAAUCUCUUCAGGCAUUAUGACCCUGGACUUGUUGUGGUGAUGGUAAACUUAGCAGUGGGAGAACUGACCCCAUUCCGAUUGUUGUCAAGUAUGACGUCAUGGGCAUGGGUCGCAUGGAAAUGGAGCUCGAUUAUGCUGAAGAUGCUACCGAACGGCGCCGUGUCCUAGAAGUGGAAAAAGAAGACACGGAGGAGUUGAGACAGAAGUACAAGGAUUAUGUUGAUAAAGAGAAGGCAAUUGCCAAAGCACUGGAAGACCUCAGAGCCAACUUUUACUGCGAACUCUGCGAUAAGCAGUAUCAGAAACAUCAGGAAUUUGACAACCAUAUCAACUCCUAUGAUCACGCGCACAAGCAGAGAUUGAAAGAUCUCAAGCAGAGAGAGUUUGCUCGAAAUGUUUCUUCAAGAUCCCGCAAGGAUGAGAAGAAGCAGGAAAAAGCUCUCCGGCGCCUCCAUGAGUUGGCAGAGCAAAGAAAACAAGCUGAAUGCGCGCCUGGAAGUGGUCCUAUGUUCAGGCCAACCACGGUGGCUGUAGAUGAAGAAGGUGGAGACGAUGAUAAAGAUGAAUCAGUAAUGAACAGCGGCGUCAGUGCCGCUGCCGCUUGUGGCCCGGGAUCUGAAUUCCCCGCGGAUAAAGGAGGCCCUUUCACUGCGGUGCAGGUCGCUAAUACCACUGGACCGGCACAGGCUCCUGGGUUAGUCUCCCAGGGCGUCAGCUUUGGCAUUAAGAAUAAUCUGGGUACUCCGUUGCAAAAAUUGGGAGUGUCAUUUUCUUUUGCCAAGAAGGCUCCUGUCAAACUCGAAUCAAUAGCAUCCGUUUUCAAGGACCUCGCGGAGGAAGGGCCCUCUGAAGAUGGAACAAAAGCUGACGAGAAGGGUUCUGACCAGGUCCUACAGAAGGUGGGAGACUCGGAUGGUGGUGGCAAUCUCGAUGGUAAAAAAGAGGACGAAGACCCUCAGGAUGGAGGGUCCCUUGCUUCCACUUUAUCUAAGCUAAAAAGAAUGAAGCGAGAGGAAGGGGCUGGGGCCACAGAGCCAGAGUAUUAUCACUACAUCCCCCCAGCACACUGCAAAGUGAAACCCAAUUUUCCCUUCCUCCUCUUUAUGAGAGCCAGUGAACAAAUGGAAGGUGAUAACAGUACUCACCCAAAGAAUGCCUUGGAGAGCAAAAAAAGCAAUUCUCCCAAGCCUAAAGGCUUCAUCAAGGUGGCCGCGAGCCAAGGAGCAGAAAAGCCAGUUAGUGAAGUCUCCCCGCAGCAGACAGAAACUGGUGUGGCCGAGCCCUCAGAACCUGGAAGCAAAGCUGAAACAAAGAAGGCCUCAGGGGGGGAUGUAAGUGAGCAGAGUUCAGAGAGUCAGAGUCAGAAGGCUUCAGAGACCCAGAUGUGUGAGUCCAACCCUUGUAAAGAAACCUCCCAGGCCGCCUCAGCAGGGAAAGAAAGCCAUGAGGGACCCAAACAUCCUACUGGUCCCUUCUUUCCAGUUCUGAGCAAAGAUGAAAGCACCGCCCUCCAGUGGCCAUCGGAACUAUUAAUUUUCACCAAGGCAGAACCCUCCAUUUCGUACAGUUGUAACCCUUUAUACUUUGACUUUAAACUUUCAAGGAACAAAGAUGCCAGAGCUAAAGGGACAGAAAAACCAAAAGACCCAGGAGGUUCCUCCAAGGACCAUCCCCAAGGCCUUGACCCUGGUGAGCCAAAUAAAAGCAAGGAAGGAGGAGAAAACAUAGAACAUUCCUCAGGAGACAGAGUGGAUGCGCCUGCUUCAGGGUCUGGCUGUGUCAGCCAGAAUAAAGCGGAGCCGGGUGGCAGCCACGGCUCGGAAACAGAAGACACCGGGAGGAGCCUUCCUAGCAAGAAGGAGCGCUCUGGCAAGUCCCACCGACACAAAAAGAAAAAGAAGCACAAAAAAUCCAACAAACACAAACGGAAACACAAGGCCGAUCCGGAAGAGAAAAGCUCUAAGGCUGAGUCUGGGGAGAAGUCUAAGAAGCGCAAGAAACGGAAACGGAAGAAGAAUAAGUCAGCCCAGGCAGAUUCCGAACGGGGACCCAAACCGGAGCCCCCUGGGAGCGGGAGCCCCGCGCCGCCGAGGAGGCGGCGGCGAGCCCCCGACGAUUCCCAGCGGAGGUCCCUCCCGGGCGAGGAGGGGAGCAGUGGCAAGAAAGACGAGGGCGGCGGCGGCGGCGGCGGCAGCGGCGGCGGGAGCGCCCAGGAUCACGGUGGGAGGAAACACAAGGGCGAACCCCCGGCGUCGUCCUGCCAGCGGAGAGCUGGCACCAAACGGGCCAGCCGGUCCAGUCACCGGAGCCGACCCAGCAGCGGAGAUGAGGACAGUGACGGUGUUUCGUCACGCCGGCCGCACCAGAAGUCUCCGUCCCAGUACAGUGAGGAGGAAGAGGAGGAGGAAGACUCGGGCAGCGAGCACUCCCAUAGCCGCUCACGAUCCGACCGGCAUCAUUCCUCACGCCGGUCCUCUCGGCGCUCCUACUCGAGCAGCUCAGACGCGUCCUCAGACCAGAGCUGCUACAGCAGACAGCACAGUUACUCCGACGACAGCUACAGUGACUACAGUGACCGCUCGCGAAGGCACUCGAAGCGCUCCCAUGACUCUGACGACUCAGACUACACCAACUCCAAGCACCGGUCCAAACGGCACAAAUACUCCUCUUCCGAUGACGACUACAGCCUCAGCUGCAGCCAGUCCCGGAGCCGGUCCCGGAGCCACACCAGAGAGCGCUCCCGGUCCCGAGGCCGCAGCCGCAGCAGCAGUUGCAGCCGCAGCCGGAGCAAACGGAGGAGCCGCAGCACCACGGCCCACAGCUGGCAGCGGAGCCGGAGCUACAGCCGCGACCGCAGCCGCAGCACCAGAAGCCCUUCCCAGAGGUCAGGCUCCAGGAAGGGAUCGUGGGGUCACGAGAGCCCCGAGGAGAGGCGUUCUGGUCGUCGAGACUUCAUUCGCUCCAAAAUCUACCGCUCCCAGUCUCCUCAUUACUUUCGGUCAGGCCGGGGGGAGGGUCCUGAGAAGAAGGAAGAUGGCAGAGGAGGUGACGGUAAAGGAACGGGCCCGCCGUCUCAAAACAGCAGUGUCGGUGCAGGAAGGGGGUCAGAGGGUGACUGCAGCCCUGAAGAUAAGAACUCCCUUACGGCCAAACUGCUACUGGAGAAGAUCCAGUCCAGGAAAGUGGAUAGGAAACCCAGUAUGAAUGAGGAGGUGCUGGCCACCCCUAAUAAAGCUGGUCUCAAGCUUAAGGACCCCCCACAAGGGUACUUUGGGCCCAAGCUCCCUCCCUCUCUUGGCAAUAAGCCUGUCCUUCCACUGAUAGGGAAGCUCCCGGCCACUCGAAAGCCCAACACUAAGAAAUGUGAAGAGUCUGGCUUAGAAAGGGGAGAAGAGCAAGAACAGUCAGAGACAGAAGAAGGGCCUCCGGGGAACAGUGAUGCCCCCUUUGGACAUCAGUUCCCCCCAGAGGAAGCAGCUGGCCCCUUAUCAGAACCCCCUCCAGAAGAGCCAAAGUCUGAAGAAGGUACUGCUGAUCAUCCUGUGGCUCCACUAGGCACCCCAGUGCACUCUGAUUGCUAUUCUGGGGACCCAGCCAUGUCCCAUAACUACCUCCCUGACCCCAGUGACGGGGACACCCUAGAGUCCCUGGAUAGUGGCAGUCAACCAGGCCCUGUGGAAUCUACCUUGCUGCCCAUGGUGCCAGAACUUGAGCACUUCCCCAGUUACGCGCCUCCCAGUGGGGAGCCUAGUAUUGAGUCAGCGGAUGGGGCUGAGGACGCCUCCCUGGCCCCGCUGGAGAGCCAGCCCAUCACCUUCACCCCUGAGGAGAUGGAGAAGUACAGCAAGCUCCAGCAGGCCGCGCAGCAGCACAUCCAGCAGCAGCUUCUGGCCAAGCAAGUGAAGGCCUUUCCAGCUUCUGCUGCCCUGGCCCCAGCCACUCCAGCCCUGCAGCCCAUCCAUAUUCAGCAGCCGGCCACAGCCUCCGCCACCUCCAUCACAACUGUCCAGCACGCUAUCCUACAACAUCAUGCCGCAGCAGCUGCCGCCGCCAUUGGCAUUCAUCCCCACCCUCAUCCCCAGCCACUUGCGCAAGUCCAUCAUAUCCCCCAGCCGCACUUGACCCCCAUUUCUUUGUCCCACCUCACCCACUCAAUCAUCCCUGGCCACCCUGCCACCUUUCUCGCUAGCCAUCCCAUCCACAUCAUUCCUGCCUCAGCCAUUCAUCCCGGACCCUUCACCUUCCACCCUGUCCCACACGCCGCCCUCUACCCCACCCUCCUUGCCCCCCGGCCUGCUGCAGCAGCUGCUACUGCUCUCCACCUUCACCCACUACUGCACCCCAUCUUCUCAGGUCAAGACCUGCAGCACCCUCCCAGCCAUGGCACAUGAGUUGGGGGGUGAGAGCCCAGGUAGGACCAGGGAGAGUGGCCCGUAAGUCUUCCCUUGGGGUUGUCGAGCCAUUCAUGCCAGCAAGCAGAAGCUGGGACGGGCAGUGUCUGGUAGCCAAAGAGUCGAGUUUUGGCUUGCAGGGCUGGUUUUAGAUUUGAGGUUUGCUUUGGGUUCACUAUCAGGGAUUUGUUUUCCCCUCUGUCCCUCCUGUGUUUCUGAGCUAGGGAGCCCCAGUCAGUACUGCGCACCCCUCUGCAGCAACAUCUCCAAACCGUCGGGUUUAGAUGCGCCCCUCCUCCCUCUCCUUUUUAACCUCUGCUCUUCCCUUCUAUAAGUUUUAAACCGUUUUCCUCCUCUCUGGCCAGCGGGUUGUCCUUCUGAUCCCGCCUUUCCGUUCUCUUUGACCGCCCCUUGGUGACUUUGUGUUAUCCGGGUGAGUUGGAAAGGGAGUCUGACCUGGAAUCAGAUGCGACUCGGGCUGUUCCUCCACCCACUCCCCACAUAGAGAGCCACACGUUUGGCACUGUUGUCCUCCUGCCCCUCGCUCCCGGAGAGACACCGGCACACCCCGGAAAGGAGACCCUGCCGCGGCGACAGGCCGUGCGUGCGUGCGGAUGGAGCCUCGCCCCUGUGCUUCCCCAGAGAGGAGCUCGUGUGUCUGAGGGUGUGUUUCUUCUGUCAUGUUGAUGUUUCCUUCUUAAUUUAUAGGAUUUUUUUAAUGUAAAAAAAAUUGCACUGAACUCUAUAAACGUAAAUGCUGCUUUUUGUAGCUCAUAAAAAAGGUUCCAUAUUUGUAGUAUACUGCAAUAAUAUUUUUUACAUCCAGCUCUUUAAGUGAUCCUUGUUCUGGUGGCUUUGUGUAAAUAUGUUUGCCCUAGUUGGAUUAAGAAACUAAAGGUUAUAAAAUGGAAACAAGAAAUAAAGUAUUUGUUUUCUGCUAGAUGCAAAAAUGACUAAGCAUGUAUAUUUUAUCAAACUCAUGUAUUUUUUUGAAGUUACGAACUAUAAAAAUGUUAAAACAA